UUGCAGCGCCGGAUAGUAUAAUUAAACGGAUCGCGCGCGGUCACGCUGUUCCAUUCAACUCAUUUUUAAGGCAGCCACUAAAAAAUAUUGCCCCCGCGAGAAAAAUCAACAAAUUCGUGAGCUUUAACGAAAAUUAUUACUAAGGCAAUUGCAGAUUGAUUUUCAGCGCUUUUUGGCAGGAGGAACCUUGGACGGAGCAACAGCAAAAAGCCGCUUGACAGUUGUCUAGUAAUUACGCAAAAAUUCCGCCACUCACACAUUGACGCACGCCACCAACCCCCCCACCCACGAACGCAGCGACGUGCAGAAAGAAACGGAAAGUAAAGUAAAAAGAGACGAAAAAGAGCGCAAAAAUGACUUCCGACAUAGCCAUGCAACUGAUUGCCAUUUUGGAGAAGACGGUGUCGCCAGAUAAAAAUGAACUGCUUUCGGCGAAGAACUUCCUGGAGCAGGCUGCUGCCAGCAAUCUGCCCGAGUUUCUCAAGGCGCUGUCGGAGAUCCUGGUGAACACGACAAACAGCGCCGUUGCUCGCAUGGCAGCCGGUCUCCAGCUGAAGAACCACCUGACCAGCAAGGACGAGAAGAUCAGUCAACAGUAUGAGGAGCGCUGGCAUCAGUUCCCCACCGAGAUUCGCGAGCUCAUCAAAAAUAAUAUCCUGGCCGCUUUGGGUACCGAGAACACGCGACCCUCUUGCGCCGCCCAGUGUGUGGCGUAUGUGGCCGUAAUCGAGCUGCCGAUCAAUCGGUGGAACCUGCUUAUUCAGACGCUGGUCAACAAGGUGGUUAGCGAGGGGUCCAGUGAGAUGCACCGCGAGGCGGCCCUGGAGGCCAUAGGUUACAUCUGCCAGGAUAUUCGGCACGGGGUGAUGGAGAACCAGGCCAACGAUGUCCUCACCGCCAUUAUUCAUGGCAUGCGCAAGGUUGAACCAAGCAACCAUGUCCGAUUGGCGGCCACCACAGCGCUGCUCAAUUCACUGGAGUUUACCAAGUCGAACUUUGAGAAGGACAUCGAGCGCAACUUCAUCAUGGAGGUGGUGUGCGAGGCUACACAGUGCCAGGACACGCAGAUCUGUGUGGCGGCGUUGCAGUGCUUGGUCAAGAUUCUAACCCUGUACUAUCAGUUCAUGGAGCCCUACAUGGCGCAGGCUUUGUUCCCGAUCACUUUGGCGGCGAUGAAGUCGGACAACGAUGCUGUGGCUCUGCAGGGCAUAGAGUUCUGGUCGAACGUGUGCGACGAGGAGACCGAUCUCGCCAUCGAAAGCCAGGAGGCCACGGAUCAGGGCAGAGCCCCGCAGCGGGUUUCGAAGCACUAUGCUCGCGGCGCUCUGCAGUACCUAACGCCUGUGCUUGUCGAAAAGCUGACCAAGCAGGACGAGUGCGAUGACGAGGACUCAUGGAGCCCGUCCAAGGCCGCCUCCGUCUGCCUAAUGGUACUCGCCACCUGUUGCGAGGAUGAGAUUGUCCCGCAUGUCUUGCCCUUUAUCAAGGAGAACAUCGAGUCGCCAAACUGGCGCUUCCGCGACGCAGCGGUCAUGACCUUCGGAUCCGUGUUGAACGGACUAGAGACAAACACCCUCAAGCCGCUUGUGGAACAGGCUAUGCCCACGCUUAUCCGCUUGAUGUACGACAACAGCGUCAUUGUACGGGACACUACCGCCUGGACCUUUGGCCGUAUCUGCGACAUCAUUCCCGAGGCGGCCAUCAACAAGACAUAUCUGCAGACAUUGCUGGAGUGCUUUGUGAAGAGCUUAAAGUCGGAACCGCGAGUGGCCGCCAACGUCUGCUGGGCCUUCAUCGGUCUCUCGGACGCCGCAUACGAGGCAGCCGUGACCACCGAGGGCGAAACCCCGGAGACAUACGCACUGUCGCCGUUCUUUGAGUACAUCAUCACUCAGCUGCUGGUGACCACCGAUCGCUCGGACGGAGCUCAGGCCAAUUUGAGGGGAGCCGCCUACGAGGCACUCAUGGAUAUGAUAAAGAACUCGCCCUUGGAUUGCUACCUAGUGGUGCAGCGCACGACGCUUGUGAUAUUGGAGCGUUUGAACCAGGUGAUGCAGAUGGAGACGCAGAUCAAUAACCACAGCGAUCGGCAUCAGUUCAACGAUCUUCAAUCCCUGCUCUGCGCCACACUGCAGAGUGUGUUGAGGAAGGUCCACGAGCAGGAUGCCCCUCAGAUUUCUGAUGCCAUUAUGACCGCUUUGCUCACCAUGUUCAAUUCGAGCACUGGAAAGGCGGGUGGCGUACAAGAGGAUGCCUUCCUGGCCGUUUCAACUCUGGUGGAACUCCUGGGCGUUCAGUUUGCCAAGUACAUGCCCGCUUUCAAGGACUUUUUGAUCAUGGGCCUGAAGAAUCACCAGGAGUAUCAGGUAUGCUGCGCCUCUGUCGGCGUCACCGGUGAUAUAUUCCGUGCGGUUAAGGAUCAGAUGGUGCCCUACUGCGACGAGAUCAUGUCCGUGAUGUUGAACAAUUUGGCGGAACCGACUCUGCAUCGCAGCGUCAAGCCGCAGAUCCUGUCAGCUUUCGGCGACAUCGCCCUAAGCAUCGGCAGCCACUUCCUCAAGUAUCUUAGCGUGGUGCUGGAUAUGCUACGCGUAGCCUCCAAUCUCCAGAUUGAUGCCAACAACUAUGACAUGAAUGAAUACAUCAACGAGCUGCGCGAAAGCGUCCUCGAGGCCUACACGGGCAUCAUCCAAGGCUUGAAGGGCAUGGACCAGACCGCACAUCCCGACGUAAUGCACAUGGAGCCCCAUCUCGCUCACAUCAUCGGCUUUAUAAAGCGCAUCGCUCAAGAGGGCGACGUGUCUGAUUCGAUGAUGGCCAGCGCCGCCGGCUUUAUUGGAGAUUUGUGCACUUCGUUUGGAUCGCGUCUCUGUCCGAUGUUGGACGAUGCGAUCAUUACCCACUUUUUGGUCGAGGGCAAGCGAUCGAAGGGCCAGCGCACCAAAAUGUUGUGCACCUGGGCAGCUAAGGAGAUCAAGAAGAUCAACAACCAGGUUAUCGCGCAGUAAAUCAUAUGCUCUAGAGGUUAAUGUUUCCUCCCUCAUUUCCCCCCGAAAAAAUUGUGUGUUAUGCAGCCAAACUGUCCAGUCCGAAUUCUCUGAUAAGAAAAAGAAUCUAUCUACUAAGUUUGUUUGUCCGAUCUAUAUUGUUGCUGUGCAACGUUUAAAUGCUAAGACACAUUGUUUAUAAAACCCCAAACUAGUUGUAAGCUGGAACCCGAACCUCCAUUACGAUAUAAUAAUUUAAUUAUUAGUCAGUUGACACUACAGCGACUCCAAAAGCAGACUGCGCCCAUUGACUAAAACAUAACUUACUUUCCUCGCCACAACAGCAAAUAUGACAAUUAUUUAAGCGCUUCUCGAGGGCAGUCCUGUGUCUUUUGGAAUCGCCCUUGUUUCUGGCUAUUCUCAGCUCCGAUUUUAGGUAUUACCAAAAUAUUUUAGUUGAAAGUUGUUAAAAUUUUGUCAAGUUUACUUUUUAAGUGUAAAAAUCGGUGGAACAAAAGUUAUGAUUAAAUAUGCUGCGUUGCAACUCCAUGGAAACAUUAACUGGUAGCAGCUAACUGCCCAGCACUUUAAUUUUUAAGAAAUAUUUUAUGUAAAUCCCACAAUCCUAACUACCCAUAAUCAGAAAAAAAGAAAAGAAAACUCCAAAAUAGCAUGAAUGAUGUGUGCUUUGUGAUCGUUUGAGCUGAAUGUGAUGAGCUGAGAGAGCGAGUAUGUACUAUUAUUAACUGUAAGUCUGAAGAGUAACUGUUGUCCGACACCUAAUGCCUAUAUACUUAUAGUGUGAAUCUGUGAUGGAUGCUUGGAAGGAACUGUAAAGGUCUUGUGAUUGAGAAAAAUAAACCUACGAAAAUUAUGAUGUAUGAAAAUGGAUGAAUACGACUUCAUUUUCCUUUGGCGCGCGUGUGUUGACGUGUGUUGUGUGAUAUUAUGAAUUAAGCCCAAGAAACGAAUGGUUCUAGAAACGUAAGCAAAUCAAAAAGAUUUUAAACGGAUUUCAAUAUAAAUUUACACAAGAAACGAAACUAAAUGUAACUCACUCAAAGACGACUGAAAAAAAAAGAAACAAAAAAUGAAAACUUAGCAACAAAAAACCAAUUACGAAAUGACUUAGGGACGUACAAAGGCAAGGGCGUGGGGUGGAGCUAUGAAUUUGAAAUUGUGCCCCAAAGUUUGCUGUUACUUUUUCCAAAAUGGCAUACUUUCAGACACAUUUUUAAUGAGAAUAUACACAUACCCGGCUAUAAAUCCUGUAUACCUUCCACGCUCGUGCCCACAAGCAACACCACAAAAAGAAUGAAAGUAACUUUAAUUUUUUUUUACAACUAUUUAGUGUGCUCUCUCAUUAAUUCCAACCAAUGACGCUUAAGUUUUGCUUCUCAUUUUAUGUUAUUUUUGUAAUAUUAAUGGAACAACGAGAAAACACAAAAACAAAAAACAACAACCAAGCAACUACCUGCAGCACACAUAAAAAACAUGUAUAAUUAAUAUAUAAAUGUAUAAAUUAGGUAAACGAAACAUACUAAAGUUAAAACUAAUAACGGACCAGGGUAUACAACAAAAACAAAACAUAUACAUGCUUUAUUGUUUACAUAAGGAUGUAGAACGCGCAUAAAGACAAGACAGGACACUUGGACACUUACUUCAAGGACGACGCACACUCUUUUUUACUCCUUUGUCAUAACAUAACCGGAACUACCUUACAAAAAAGACGCGACUGUGAACGAAAAAAAGAAAUAGAAUAUACAAAAUGAAGUCGGAAACUAACCGUUUAAAAUCUUUUCAAAACAUUUCAUUUACAUUAAGAGCAAGUGAAACCAGUGUGAACUACUUUAGAUUUAAGCGCAUCUCUAAUAUUAAAAUAAAAAAGAUAAUUUAAACAAAAUAAUUUAAGAACUCCUUAAACAAAGUUUGAUCCGAAUAUUCAACCUUUCUUUAAUGAAUUCUAAUAGCUCAACAAGUUGUCAUUUCAAAAGAAAUCUAAUAAUUGGUAAUAUGUUUUUCGUUUUGAAAUAAAUGAAACAUCGCACAGCCGUCCAAACGAAAGAAAAAUAAAUGUUAAAUUGAUUAACCAGAUUUCAACAUAUCAAAAAUUUGAGUUUUGAAAUGGCAACUUUGAAGAACACAACUUGUAUUGCCAAAAUUAAUUAGAAUAAUAUCAAUAAUAGCGCUAAGAAUGAUUGGAUGCGGAUGUGGAAGUACAUAAUGUCUACUUGCCGCUUGAAUGCUUGGUGACUCUUUGAAUCUGUGGAAGAUCGAAAGCUGAGCAACGCCCAAAAAGAAGCUUGAACGUUUAUGGCUGUGGUAUGCGAAACGUGUGUUGAUUGAGUAUGAAGCUUGGUGCUGAUCAUUAUGAUAAUGAUGCUUGUGCGUUGAAUGAUGAUGAUGGAAUAUGUGAUGAUUGACAUUGAUGGUUGUUAAAAGCAAGAAAAAUUGAGUGGCUGAUGUAUCUGUAUCUAGAAGAAAUCACCAAGAAGAUAACUUAGCACAAAUUUCUACCCCUUUUACAUACAUACUAACAUAUGCCUACCUUUACGAUCUGUAUGAGCGUGCUUGUAACGUGACUGAGUAUAAACCUGUAUGUUAUCAUUCCAAAAACAAAUAUCGAAAAUCAUUAAAACCGACAACAACAACUGUGUUUGUUACAUCUAGUUGUUAAGAGAUGAGUUCAUGUCAUUAGGUUAAGCUAAGGGCAAUAGGUGGAAAAGCAAGCCCAAGCACGAGGUGGAGUGUCCCCUUUUUGGGUGCGCCACAGCUGGAGUGUUUUCAGUGUCGGGCUUGCCUUUUAACCAUUCCCUUGUGUGUGCAAGUGGUCGUCGUCGUCGUCUGUUCUAAGCUAAACAAUCGAUAAAUAAACUUAAAACGCAACUG